GUAUACUUCCUGGGACAGCUCGGGGAUCUUUAUGGCGCUUUAGUGCUAGUGAGAAAGACCCUCCCAAGGUCUGCAAGGUUGAGGCAUUGCCCACUACCGCACCGAGACCUGCGGGCUCCCGUGACUGUGCAAGGAAAACAGCGGAGGCGAUAAAUUUUUGCGCAGCCGGUGCUGUGCGGCCUCCAGCCUAUAGGGGGCGGUGUGGAGUGACAACCACUUCCGGCCCGGUUUUUCCUUCCUUCCUCUGGCGCCAGCACGUCGUGUUUUCGUUGGCCCCGUUCGGAUGGCAGCUGCCGCUGUUUCUGCGGCCGCCUCUUAGUGGUACCCCUUUCCCGGCGUGCCGAGGGCGGUGCGGCCUCCUAAUCUGUCCGGUUCUCCUGCGCGUGGUUCCGAAGGGCGCCGGUUUCCCACAUCAGGCGGUAUGGGCAGGGAGUCACGCCACUAUCGGAAGCGAUCAGCAUCACGGGGACGCUCUGGAAGUCGAUCUAGAAGUCGUUCACCCUCAGACAAAAGAAGUAAACGUGGAGAUGACAGACGGUCUAGAAGCAGGGAUAGAGAUAGGAGGAGAGAGAGGUCUCGUAGCAGGGAUAAAAGAAGAUCUCGGUCCAGAGACAGGAAGCGUCUGAGGCGUUCCAGAAGUAGAGAGAGAGAUAGAAGUCGAGAACGAAGAAGAUCUCGAAGUCGGGACAGGAGACGUUCAAGGAGUAGAAGCCGAGGCCGAAGAUCCCGAUCUUCCAGUCCUGGCAAUAAAAGCAAGAAAGCUGAGAAUAGGUCUAGAUCCAAAGAGAAAACAGAUAGUGGGGAAAGUUCUAAAGAGAAGAAAAAAGACAAAGAUGACAAAGAGGAUGAAAAAGAAAAGGAUGCUGGUAACUUUGACCAAAAUAAGCUAGAAGAAGAAAUGAGAAAGCGAAAAGAAAGAGUAGAAAAAUGGCGAGAAGAGCAACGUAAAAAGGCCAUGGAAAACAUAGGGGAACUGAAAAAGGAAAUCGAGGAGAUGAAACAAGGGAAAAAAUGGAGUUUAGAAGACGAUGAUGAUGAUGAAGAUGAUCCUGCAGAGGCUGAAAAGGAAGGAAAUGAAAUGGAGGGUGAAGAGUUAGAUCCAUUAGAUGCUUACAUGGAAGAAGUGAAAGAGGAAGUAAAAAAGUUUAAUAUGAGAAGUGUGAAAGGUGGUGGGGGAAAUGAAAAGAAGUCUGGUCCAACGGUCACAAAAGUUGUCACAGUUGUCACAACCAAAAAAGCAGUCGUAGAUUCUGAUAAGAAGAAAGGUGAGCUAAUGGAGAAUGACCAGGAUGCCAUGGAGUAUUCUUCAGAGGAGGAAGAAGUUGAUCUUCAGACGGCUCUUACAGGUUACCAGACAAAGCAGAGAAAGCUUCUAGAACCGGUGGAUCAUGGAAAAAUUGAAUAUGAACCAUUCAGAAAAAACUUUUAUGUUGAAGUUCCAGAAUUGGCAAAAAUGUCUCAAGAGGAGGUGAAUGUAUUUCGGUUGGAAAUGGAAGGCAUUACUGUCAAAGGGAAAGGUUGCCCCAAACCAAUUAAAUCUUGGGUUCAGUGUGGAAUUUCUAUGAAGAUCUUAAAUUCUCUCAAAAAGCAUGGUUAUGAAAAGCCCACACCAAUCCAAACCCAGGCGAUUCCUGCGAUAAUGUCUGGACGAGAUUUGAUUGGUAUUGCCAAGACAGGAAGUGGAAAGACCAUUGCCUUUCUGUUGCCCAUGUUUAGACACAUCAUGGAUCAGAGGUCUUUAGAAGAAGGAGAGGGGCCAAUAGCUGUCAUCAUGACUCCAACUCGAGAACUGGCUUUACAAAUUACUAAAGAAUGUAAGAAGUUUUCGAAGACCUUGGGCCUUAGAGUGGUCUGUGUUUAUGGAGGAACAGGAAUCAGUGAGCAGAUUGCUGAGCUGAAAAGAGGUGCUGAAAUUAUUGUUUGUACACCUGGUCGAAUGAUUGACAUGUUAGCAGCUAAUAGUGGUCGGGUUACAAAUCUCCGAAGAGUGACGUAUGUUGUUUUAGAUGAAGCAGACAGAAUGUUUGACAUGGGUUUUGAACCACAGGUCAUGCGCAUUGUGGAUAAUGUUCGCCCUGACAGACAGACAGUUAUGUUUUCAGCUACUUUCCCCAGAGCUAUGGAAGCCUUGGCUCGGAGAAUCCUGAGUAAACCCAUUGAAGUGCAGGUUGGAGGCAGAAGUGUAGUUUGCUCUGAUGUGGAGCAACAAGUGAUUGUGAUUGAAGAAGAAAAGAAAUUCUUGAAGCUACUUGAACUUCUAGGUCAUUAUCAAGAAUCAGGAUCUGUCAUUAUAUUUGUGGAUAAGCAGGAACAUGCUGAUGGUCUUCUGAAAGAUUUAAUGAGAGCUUCUUACCCUUGCAUGUCUCUUCAUGGAGGCAUUGAUCAAUAUGACAGAGAUAGCAUCAUAAAUGAUUUUAAGAAUGGGACCUGCAAACUUCUUGUGGCUACGUCUGUUGCUGCCCGAGGCCUCGAUGUGAAGCAUCUGAUUCUUGUUGUAAACUAUAGCUGCCCCAACCAUUAUGAGGAUUAUGUGCACAGAGCAGGACGGACUGGAAGAGCAGGCAACAAAGGCUACGCAUACACUUUUAUCACAGAAGAUCAAGCUCGGUAUGCUGGAGACAUAAUUAAAGCCCUUGAACUGUCAGGGACUGCAGUGCCACCUGAUCUAGAGAAACUCUGGAGCGAUUUCAAAGAUCAACAGAAAGCUGAAGGGAAAAUAAUUAAAAAGAGUAGUGGGUUCUCUGGUAAGGGAUUCAAGUUCGAUGAGACAGAACAAGCUUUGGCUAAUGAGAGAAAGAAGUUACAAAAAGCUGCUCUUGGUCUGCAAGAUUCAGAUGAUGAGGAUGCUGCGGUUGAUAUUGAUGAGCAAAUUGAAAGCAUGUUUAAUUCAAAGAAGAGAGUGAAGGAUAUGGCAGCUCCUGGAACAUCUAGUGUGCCUGCUCCCACUGCAGGGAAUGCUGAGAAACUGGAAAUUGCAAAGAGAUUGGCUCUUAGAAUCAAUGCUCAGAAGAAUUUGGGCAUUGAGUCUCAGGAUGUAAUGCAGCAGGCCACCAAUGCCAUUCUCAGAGGUGGCACCAUCCUGGCUCCCACUGUGUCUGCAAAAACCAUUGCAGAGCAACUUGCUGAAAAGAUAAAUGCCAAGCUCAACUAUGUGCCUUUGGAGAAACAAGAAGAGGAGAGACAGGACGGUGGGCAGAAUGAGUCUUUUAAGAGAUAUGAGGAAGAAUUAGAGAUCAAUGACUUCCCACAGACCGCUAGGUGGAAAGUUACCUCUAAGGAAGCUCUGCAGAGAAUCAGUGAAUAUUCUGAAGCUGCAAUUACAAUCAGAGGAACGUACUUCCCACCUGGCAAAGAGCCCAAGGAAGGAGAGCGGAAAAUUUACUUGGCAAUUGAAAGUGCCAAUGAACUGGCUGUGCAGAAAGCGAAGGCAGAAAUCACCAGGCUUAUAAAAGAAGAACUGAUCCGAUUGCAAAAUUCAUACCAACCAACAAAUAAAGGAAGAUACAAAGUCUUAUAAAACAUCUGGGAAAAACUUUUACCUGUGCUGGUCUGUGAUAAAUGUGGCAGUUGUUGUCUUCAGUUUACAGUGUAUUUUAAAUUAAGAUUUUUAAAAUUCUGUCUUGCUGAUUUUUUUUUCUUAAGUAUAAGAAACCAGUAUUUGUUAACAAAUCUUUCUGCGAGUACCCGCAGAAUUACGAAACUCUUAUUUAAAGCAGGCCUGUUUUCAUUAAAGUGUCCUUUAAUGUAAAACUUAAAUAUCAAUAUUUUAACUAUCUGGGUAAUAUUCCAGAAGUUUAAGACAAUUAAAAUAUUUGAACUUUCCACUGAAGAUAAUAAACUAUAAAAGUUGCUAAGGGGUUGUUCACCUUAUCUUCUUGCAAUGAAAUUGUGAUCAUCUCCUCAGAAAAGGUAAAAUUCUCUAAUUUUAUGUCUACCUUGAGCUUAAAUCUUACUUGAGUCAGUAGAACAAUAUGAACUGGAUAUAAGAAUGUUGCAAUAGAAUUUUUACAAAAUGGGCUCAGAGCUUUUGUUUCAGUUUUUAUCAUCUUAUAAGGGUCAUAGUUGGACUGCUUUUUGGUUUUGUUAAAUUAAAGUUUUGUAGUAUAAGAAUUUUUCACGUUCCUUUACACUGCUAAGAAUUUUAGUAUUGACUGCUUUUACGUUCCCUUCACAACCUCUGGCUCUGUGCCUAUCUACUAGCUCUUUUAUAAUCUUCCUGAAGUGAAAGUGAUUUGUCACUUGUAAAUAUGAAUAUGAUUGUUUUUUCCCGGUUAAAGUGUUCAUUUAUACAGCUGUACAUAUAAACACCCUACCAAUUGAUUUUUCUUCAGGAUUAUUGAGUAGGUUGUGAAUUUUCUUUUUUUUUAAAAAAAAGCAUGACACCCACAUUUUAGACAGACUUUAAGCAUUUCUCAGUGAAAUUUAGUUGACAAAGAAUCAUAAAUUAUAUUUUUGAACCUUGAUAUCUAUUUCCUGAGUAUCCUAAUUUAAAUUGUGAUAAUUGGAUCACCUAAUGUUCAGACUCCUGGUGUGUUAGAACUUCAUGUGGUUGUCAGUCUUUGAAAAAAUAAAAUUUUCAGGAAUUAAAUAGUUGUAUUUCUUAAAAGAUACAGAAGUUCCUUUGAGUAUUCUUGACUUAGAGCUUUUAAAAACGAAAAAACCCAAAGUGUAUUAUAGCUGUUAAAUUAUUUCAAUAGUAUAUUAGAUGGUUAAAGUGACAGGAGCUAUCAGUCAUGAUUUCUUCAAUUUGAAGUUAUCCUUACUGAAAAUCUCAGGUAUAUUCUUGAAUCUCUCACAUAUCCACUUUUUUACUUGAGGAAGAAAACAGAUAAAACACAUGUAACAAUAGAAUCAAAUAAAUCAUUUUCUCUAAAAUUUUAGGCAUCUUGGGCUCUUCCACACCCACCAUUUUAUAUAUAUCCUUAUUUUUAUUACUUAGUGAUAGUUUGUUUCCUUUGAUAGACUAUGUCACAGUCCCACAUUGAUGGCAAUUGGUGCUCCCUUCAGCCUGCUCCAUCACUUUGAGAUUCAUAGUUUUACAUCAUUUUAGUAUUAUUACCUUUAUGUUUGUACAUCUAGCUGUCAUAAGCCACUGAUAGUAUUUUGUUAAAAUGAAGCACAUUUCUUUGUUACUACAUUUUUUAGUGUCACAUUGACUCUUUGAUUUUUAAAAUUUGAAUAACGUACAGAUUAAUUUGUUUUUUAAAAAAUGCAGUAUCAAUAUUUGCUCAUGUUUUAAAAAUUCCUUAUAAAAUAAAGUUAGCCUGCAUUUUCCUGGAAUUAUCUUUGCUGAAAUGUUUUCUGCUGCAUAUCUAGUUUUGUUUACAUUGCUAGGCAUGUGAGAGAAGUAUUAUACUCUAUUAAAAAACUCUCACAACCCAUAAUACAUAAUUCUAUCCAAAAAUAUCUUCCUAAAGAAGCCUCUUAAUGUUUGAUGGUGUUUAUAUUUGGCAUAAGAUAGGCUAUAGGUGAAAUAAUGGGUUCAUUUGCCAGUUGGUGUUUUAUCACAGUGACGCUUAUUCUUAAAAAUAGAAAUAUAGAAUGAAAUGAUAAUGGCUCGAUUCUCUCCAACUCCUUUUGGACACUUUAUUAUCUGAUAUAUUUUGUAUCUUACCAGCCUUGUCGGUAUGCCAAAGCUUCAGCUGGUAGUCACUGUGCACCUGUGACUGCAGUUUUUCUUUUGAAGGAGGCAGAUCCUGCAUGCAAAGAACUUUUUGUUUGUUUGAGCAGAACCAGCUCUUGAAUGCCUGGGGUUUAUAAAUCCCAUGAAGCCAGCUGUGGAGUCCACUUCUAAGUAAUUCACCAGCACCUUAAAAAUCACAGCCUAGAGAGCAAAGCCUCUAAAGUUAUAACUCUUUUUUCCUAUGAUGCCUUGCUUUGUUUUAUAAAACCACCAGCUAACGUCCUUUAGUGGCAGAUAACUUACCUCUUGUUUGAGAUAGAAGUUGAGGGGGAAGAUGGUAAUUGAAAUGAAGUUCAGGGUAAACAACUGUGUUUUAUUUACUUAGCCCCAUUUUGGUCAUUUAUAAGAUGACAGAUGCUGAGUUCUUAUAGCAGGCAUAAAUUCUGAGUGGCUAGCCCAAUGUGAUCCAGGAGAAUACUUUUACUCUUAGAAUUGAGUCUGGAGCUUCCAGUUCUUCAUUUUGGUACGUAGUUUUAUAUAAGAAUCAGAAUCUAUUGACAUUUUUUUAUGCUUUCUGCUCUGGCGUGAAAAACUGAAGUUAAUCUUUUAAAAAGAUACAUGUGUAAAUAUAAAGAGAAAGAGAACAAAUGAAUAUGUGUUGAGAGGUAGAGGGAAUGUCUUAAUGUUGUACUCAGUUUAGGUGUUGUAACUACCAGAAAACCUUAAUAAAAUCUCUCUGGGGUGAGGCGUUUGACUUGGAAUAUAGCAGCAUCUCACACAUUACUUAUUGAAACAUGUGCUGUACUCUUAGGCCAGCUCUUGCAUUUCUGUUACUGGGUAAAGAUUCCCUGCUGGCUGUAUCUGCAAUAUUACCAAUUGCAGAUAUUUGAAGGUCCUUUUUUUUCUGUAUCAACUUAUAAUUUUAUUUCAGUAGGAGUCCAAGUAGAAAUAUGGAAAGAAAAGUGUAAAUAAACGAUUUCUCUCAAUGCCCCCACUGCAGUAUCAGUGGUCUCACCUUUCUGGUUCUUUAUGGCCAAACUGGUAUAUAAGUGCAUACUCUCAAGUCACAUGAUAGGUAAAACAUUUAGUUACGAUUAUUUUUCUUGACCUUGUCCUCUUCUAGAUAUGCCAUAAGCUUAUAGAAGUUCAUGGUGUUGAAGCCCAAACCUUUAAAAAGAAAUUCUAAAUUUGCAUUAACCUUGUUCUUCUGGAGGGAAAAAAA